UUUCUAAAAGCGGGUGGGGACUUUCUAUCUCCUUUAUCUCGUCGGGACGCACCCAGCCCCCUCCUCUUUUCGCUGGUCGCCAUUUUUUUUUUUUCCUUUCUGAUCCGGGCGGCGAGAACUCCGGCUCGCCGGAGCUCCGCGUUCAUCGAGUACGGGGGAACCCCAACCGGCUCGCCGCAUCUAGUCUCGCCUCUCCAGAUCUGGAGAUCUAUUCGAGAUUGCCUGCAUUAUGGGCUAUGAGUGCUGGUGUCGGCCUGAUCUAAAAAUUUAAUGAGCAGUAGCAAUGCUAUUGGCUGUGGAAGGAGGAGGAUUUUUCUCAUCUUCAGCUACAGGAUAUAGCAAAGGACUUGCUCUUUUGUUUCUAGGCCGAAGAAACGAAGAAAGACCCAUGAGAGUUUCACCCUGGAACCAGUACAAGUUCGUGGAAGAAGAAGUUGACCCUGAUCUUCAGCUGGCUUCCAGAACAAACCGAGUUUCCUGUGGAUGCGCUCACUUCAUCUGUUUUGGUCGCGCAUCUGCAGGAAAGGAUGGGCCGUGCCCUCCUAAAGUGGGUCCCAUUCACCAGCCUGAAACAUUGCCAGAUUCCUCUUCUGCUUCAGACUCUGGCAAGCUUUGUAGCAUUAGUGAUGCUGUUGCUGUGAGUGAGAGGAAGACAUGUCUUAGAAGCAGCCUCAAGAAGCCAUCAACAAGUUGUUCUAUGUUAGUUGGUCAAGCUGAUGGUUCACAUGACUCUUUGCAAGAGGUGCCAAAUUCUGUGUGCACUUGCAGUGAAAGGAGAAAAGUGCAGUGGACGGAUGCAUCUGGACUGGAGCUUGUUGAGAUAAGAGAAUUUGAACCCAGCGAUGCUGACUCAUCAGAUGAUGAAUUUGGACACGGAGUUGACAGGUCAUGUGAAUGUAUUAUUCAGUAGACUGCUAUCUUCUGUACAUAUAGAGUUUGUUACAUUGUUCAUCAGGCAAGCAUGUUAUUUUUCUUGGGCAUCGGCAAUUCCUAUUAGAUGAUUGGCAGGCCGUAUAUGACCUAGUCAGUUAAACUUGCCUGCCAUCUAUUACCUCCUACAUUCAUCCAAGCGGCUUUGAGCAGGAAUAACCAAACCUCAAAUUACUGUAUUUUCCUCCCUUACCUUUAUUGCAGCCCAUGCUUGCUGGCAUAUGUCUUCAGGAUUUUAAUUCGGAAAUCGUGUCCUGUAGUGCUUUAUCUUGUUGUCGUUUCUCUCGUAACUUUCUUAUGCGAGUUUAAAUCGGUGGGCCACUUUACUAGAUGUAAGUGGCAUCCAAUAUCUCCUCAACCUCAUAGUUGUCUUUGAUUUUUUAUUUUUUUGGCUUAUGUUCAUGGUUGUUCUCGAUGCUGGAAGUUCUGUAAAUGUCAAAUUGGAAGGAGAGGAAUCCGCCUAAGGUGGAGGUCAUUAAUCGCCGAUGUCCUUGUAAAAAUUAUAACCUUUGUGAGCGUCAUCAAAUUGAGAGCAUGGAAAUUCCUUGCC